UGGAUUGAUGUUUCUUUUUUUGCCACCGUCGCUAUUUUUUUUUCAUUGUGAUUAAAUGAUGGAGCCAUACUGAAUUUGAUAUUGAUGAUCAUUGAGAAAAAAAAAAUCUCAACUCACCAAUAGCGAAGGAAAGGCUCACUGAAGGCUUCUUAAAGCUGCACAGCUCUUUAAUUUUUAUGUGAUAUAAUAACCAUUUUGCUGUUUACAAAAGAAACAAAAGCCAGUCAUCAUGUCAAAGAGCAAAAGCAGUGAGUCAGUGAAGGUGGUAGUUCGAUGCCGGCCUUUGAACCGAAAAGAGGAGAGCAACGGGCCCUCGGGGGGAAUCGUCCAGAUGGACCUGCGCCUUGGACAGGUGAUCCUCAGGAACCCUCGGGCACCGGUCAGUGAGCCCCAGAAAACCUUCACAUUUGAUGCGGUGUAUGAUUCAAACUCCAAGCAGAGAGAUCUGUACGACGAAAGCGUCCGUCCCUUGAUAGAUUCGGUGCUGGCGGGAUUUAACGGCACCAUCUUUGCCUACGGGCAGACCGGAACCGGAAAGACAUACACCAUGCAGGGGGCCUGGAUGGACCCGGAGAAACGAGGCGUCAUCCCCAAUGCCUUCGACCAUAUCUUCACACACAUUUCCCGGUCCCAGUCUGACAGGCAGUAUCUGGUGCGGGCGUCCUACCUGGAGAUCUAUCGAGAGGAGAUUCGGGACCUUCUCGACCCCAACCACGGCAGCGCCAGAGCCCUGGAGCUCAGAGAGAGCCCGGAGACCGGGGUGUACGUCCGAGAUCUGACGUCAUGCGUCUGCAAGAGCAUCAAGGAGAUCGAGGAGGUGAUGAACGUGGGCAACCAGGCCAGGGCGGUUGGCGCAACGGACAUGAACGAGCACUCUUCCAGGUCCCACGCCUUGUUCCUGAUCACAGUCGAAUGCAGCCAGCCAGGACCAGAUGGAAGGAAACAUAUCCGGGUUGGGCGUCUCAACCUCGUGGACCUGGCUGGCAGCGAACGCCAGGCCAAGACUGGCGUCCAAGGGGAGCGCUUGAAAGAAGCUGCCAAGAUCAACCUUUCCCUGUCAGCCCUUGGGAAUGUGAUCUCGGCACUGGCAGAUGGGCGCAGCGGCCACGUGCCGUACCGGGAUUCCAAGCUGACACGGCUGUUGCAGGACUCCUUAGGUGGGAAUGCGAAGACUGUCAUGGUCGCCACGCUCGGCCCGUCCUCCCUGCAUUACGACGAGACCCUCACCACCCUCCGGUACGCCAACAGGGCCAAGAACAUCCAGAACCAGCCGCGAGUCAACGAGGACCCUAAAGAUGCUCUGCUGCGCGAGUUCCAGAGGGAAAUCGCUCGCCUCAGGGCUCAGCUCAACCACAGGAAGUGGAGGAGCAAACAGAAGAAGGAGCAGGUGGACGGCGAGAGCUGGGAUGAAGAUAUCGAUGGCGAGGAAGAAGAGGAGGUGGAAAAGGAGGGAGAGGACUACGUGAAGUUGGAGGAGCAGCGGCUGGAGAGGGAAAAGGAGGCCAUCCGAGAGGAUCAGUUCAUGCUGGCCGAGGAGAAGCAGAAGCUUCUGGGAGAGAAGGAGAGGAUGAUGGGAGAUCUGAGGAAAGAGCAGGAGGCCACAGAACAGCUCACUGCCAAGUAUAAGGCGAUGGAGAGCAAGCUGCUGGUGGGAGGAAAGAAUAUCAUCGAUCACACCAACGAGCAGCAGAAGAUGCUGGAGGUGAAACGGCAGGAGAUCGCUGAGCAGACUCGUAGUGAAAGAGAGAUGCAGCAGCAGAUGUUGGUUCAAGAUGAAGAAACUGUGGAGCUGAGGGAGACUUUUACCUCUCUGCAGCAGGAAGUCGAGGCCAAAACCAAGAAACUCAAGAAGCUGUAUGCUAAGCUGCAGUGCAUCAAGGCAGAGAUCCAGGACGUGAACGACGAGCACGUGAAGAGCCGGCAGGAGCUGGAGCAGACGCAGAACGAGCUCACAAGAGAGCUCAAGUUCAAGUAUCUGAUCAUCGAGAACUUCAUCCCUCCGGAGGAGAAGAAUAAAAUCAUGAACAGGCUGACCUUUGACCCCGAGGAGGAUCAGUGGAAGUUCCAGCCUCUGGUUCCUGCGGAGAGUAAAUCCACGCAGAUGAAGAAAAGGCCAGCGUCUGCAGUCGGGUACAAGCGACCCAUCACCCAGUAUGCCAGGGUUGCCAUCGCCAUGGGAGCUCAUUCCAGAUACAGGGCUGAGAACGUCAUGUUUCUGGAGCUGGACAUGACCCCUCCCAACACGGCGUCCCUGGACCGCUCCAUGGAGUCAGACGCAAACCAAAGUCCGUCCGAUGACAGUUCCCCGACGAAGGACAACAAAGGAGUCCGCAAGUCUCGCUCCUGGUGUCAGACCCCCAAAUCCCUCACAUCCUCUUCUUCUAAUGCUUCACUGACAGGAUGUCAUGCUGCCACGCCCACAGCAGCUGCACAGUAAAGCUUUAGCAAAGAUAGUUUGUUUUCUUUUUGUUUUUUUGUUUUGUUUUUUUACAUGUUUAUUUAUUUCAUUUCUGCACUUCCUCAUCCUUCUCUUCGGCCAGUGAUCCUCUCUGAGAGGUCUGACUGCGGCAGCUGGGACUCGAACACUCUCCAACACCUCCGCGGAGUCUCGAGCGAGAGGCCAUCGAAGACUCGCCCGUGGAAAUGAAAAAAAAAAAAAAAAAAAACACAACCCAGUGAACCUCAGAAACUCUGGAACGCUCAACUUUCUCCUGUUCCACGAUUGUAAAGACCGAGAUGUCUCCACUUCUGUCCUCCUGCAUGUUUGACACUGAGAGCUGUGGAUCAUCUCCUUGAAGCAGAGACGGAAUUGACUGGACUGUGUGUGGGUGUGUGUGUGUGUAUGUAUGUGUGUGUGUAGUUGUGACCACCACAGAUCUGACAGCUCACAGGAUGUUGGAAUCUGCUGUAAGGAUUUGCUGUAAAUAUUUCGUGUGUGUGUGGGGAUUUUCUUUCUGGUUUCUGUGUGAAAACUUCGUAGUCAGAAAGUUUAUUUCGGUGUUGGCUUUUUAAAAUGGGCACA